UACAGUCAAAGAAGUUUUCAAAAGGAGAAAGAAGAAACGAUAGAUGUCAUGGCAUGGAGAUCAAAAGCAAAGAUGAGCCACAGCUCACGCACAUAUUCUUCGCACCUGACCCCAAUGUGCAUCCACAUUCGAAGACAAAGUGAAAGCCCACCCAAAUCGAGAUGGCAUCUUUGACGAUGAUAAUUAGAUGCCCAAGACGGGCACCAACCCGGUGAUUUCCCAGAUGCAGUUCCAGUUCCCCUCCGAUCCAAUCAUCAUCCCUCUUGCCAUCGUCCCCCAUGGAUUCCAAGCCGCGACUGAAAUGGACUUCUCAGCUUCAUCAACUCUUCGUCGACGCCGUCUCUCAGCUCGGCGGAGUCGAUAAAGCUACACCCAAGUACGUGAUGCGUGUAAUGGGAGUUCCCGGACUUACUCUGCACCACCUGAAGAGCCAUCUGCAGAAAUAUAGACUAGCGAAGAAUCGAGAAUCGAGCAUUCUCCGCGGAAACAGGCGACGAGAUGCCAAGGUCACGCACCAGUGGACUUCGGAGGACGCAACCACCCAGGACGAGGCGAACGAAGCACCACCGCAGUGCGAGUACGCGGGGAUCACCAACUGUCCUUAUCUUGAUUCAUCAGCUUGCAGCGUUGACUCUGCUCACCAAAAUGUUCUCUGUGUUGGCUACAGAACCACGUUAAAGAUGCAGAUGGAGGUCCAGAGAAAGCUGCAGGAACAGAUCGAGGUGCAGAGACACUUGCAGCUCCGGAUCGAAGCCCAGGGGAAGUACUUGCAGUCGGUGUUGAAGAAAGCCCAGGAAGCACUUGCUGGAUACAGCUCGAGUGCCAUCGGAAUCGAAGCUGUCAGGACCGAGCUCUCGGAGUUAGUCUCGGCUAUGGACACGGAAUGCCUGAGCUCCUCCAUCUCCCCUGGUGAUAGCUCCGCGGAGAGUUGCUUAACUUGUGGUGAUGUGAUGGAGACAAAAGAAGGGAACUCGUUAAAGCAAGACGACAGCUCGUCUGCACUCCAUCGGAGCCAGGAAUCCGAUGAGUUCAGUCAGAAGACGACGAAGAGAAUGCAGAACGAUGUGCACGACGAUCUUUGCAGAGCCAAGAGAAGCUGCCGACGGAGUAGCUUUACCAUACAAGAAGAGCUUGACCUGAACAUAUAGAAAUCGCAUGAUGUGUAAUAAGCUCUACUCUCUAGUAUGCUAGCUGAUAGCUAUGUUUCGAACACAUCUAUUUUCGCUCUGAGGAAUGAAAACUAAGAAACUCUCAA